UCCACGAUCAAAAAUCUUCAUAUCGCACACCGCUACCGUCGGCAGAAAUCGCAGACCGGGGGCACCGGACCGCAAGGGCACUUUAGCGUCGAACCUCAAAGGGGCAGGGGCUCGAGCCCCUAACUGACGACAUAUCUACAACAUUGCAUACUCGUAGUUUGAUUUGGCUUUGAGUAUGAUGCAGCGCUUUAAUAUAGCCUAAUACAGCGCGUGCCGGCACAUAUGCAUGGUGCACUUGAAGAGCACAUGCUAAGAGCACAGUUUAACGGCUGACAGAAGUGGAAGAUUCGUUUUUACUGACAUAUGGCCUUACAAUAUCUCAUCUGACCGCAGUUCAUUGGUGUUCUACUGAAGCUCCUCGUUAUGGCAAGCCAAACUAUUCAUAAACGCCUGCUCGAGCGUCUGAUUGCACACUGACACCUCAAAAGUCAUGUCAUGUCCUCAGUGCAAGAUCACUUUUAACGACAGUUGUCGUCUUAUUUUGUCAACGUUUAACCCGGACCUCGAUAUUGUGGAAGCCACAAUUGUAAGUGCCUGAGAAACGUGACAGAAGACCUGAUCAAAACAGUUACCUCCGCGCCCCCUGCACCGCGGCUGAGGGUGAGCUGAGUAUGGUGCGGCGUCUGUGCCACACCGAAGAGGAGAGGGUUCUCAUUCCAGAGUUAAGCCCAGUGAGGGCUCCCGUUCCAGAGUUAAGCCAGAGAAGGCUCCCGUGCCUGAGUUCAGGCCUGAAAGCCCGGAGGCUCACAAAUGCCUGCCCUCCCACCUGCUCCCGCCUCCUCCUCCGCUGUCGUCUGGCAGCCCCUCUGCUUGCCUUUAGCCCACCAUCUAUGCGGUGCGAGCUCCGCGGGACUGCCAUCCUCCACGUUGCCGUGGCUGGAGUAUCCCUUGACUCCACCUCCAGCCUCUAUCAGGCACCAUCUGUCAACUGGCUCCGCCGGGCUCCCUCGUCCCUCCGGCUCCACCUUGGUCUGUCAUCGACCAUACUGCGCAUCGGGACUCCACUCCUCCGGCUGCGCCUCGUCCCUCCAGCUCCAUCAGGCUCUCCAUCCCUUUGGCUCCUCCUCAGUCCUCUGUCGCUCCGGCUCCACCGCGGCCAUCUGGAUCCCCAUCUCCGCCUCAGUCACCGGCGCCAUCUGCUCCGCCUUGGUCCCCCAGAUCCUCCCUGGCUCAUCGGCUCUCCAUCUCCUCAAGAUACAUACAUACAUACAGGUGCAUCUCAAUAAAUUAGAAUGUAUUGGAAAAGUUCAUUUAUUUCAGUAAUUCAACUCAAAUUGUGAAACUCGUGUAUUAAAUAAAUUCAAUGCACACAGACUGAAGCAGUUUUUGACUACUUUGGUUCUUUGGUUCUUUUAAUUGUGAUGAUUUUGGCUCACAUUUAACAAAAACCCACCAAUUCACUAUCUCAACAAAUUAGAAUAUGGUGACAUGCCAAUCAGCUAAUCAACUCAAAACACCUGCAAAGGUUUCCUGAGCCUUCAAAAUGGUCUCUCAGUUUGGUUCACUAGGCUACACAAUCAUGGGAAAGACUGAUGAUCUGACAGUUGUCCAGAAGACAAUCAUUGACACCCUUCACAAGGAGGGUAAGCCACAAACAUUCAUUGCCAAAGAAGCUGGCUGUUCAAAGAGUGCUGUAUCCAAGCAUGUUAACAGAAAGUUGAGUGGAAGGAGAAAGUGUGGAAGAAAAAGAUGCACAACCAACCGAGAGAACUGCAGCCUUAUGAGGAUUGUCAAGCAAAAUCGAUUCAAGAAUUUGGGUGAACUUCACAAGGAAUGGACUGAGGCUGGGGUCAAGGCAUCAAGAGCUACAGUUGUCGUAUUCCUCUUGUUAAGCCACUCCUGAACCACAGACAAAGUCAGAGGCGUCUUACCUGGGCUAAGGAGAAGAAGAACUGGACUGUUGCCCAGUGGUUCAAAGUCCUCUUUUCAGAUGAGAGCAAGUUUUGUAUUUCAUUUGGAAACCAAGGUCCUAGAGUUUGGAGGAAGGGUGGAGAAGCUCAUAGCCCACGUUGAUUGAAGUCCAGUGUUAAGUUUCCACAGUCCGUGAUGAUUUGGGGUGCAAUGUCAUCUGCUGGUGUUGGUCCAUUGUGUUUUUUGAAAACCAAAGUCACUGCACCUGUUUACCAAGACAUUUUGGAGCACUUCAUGCUUCCUUCUGCUGACCAGCUUUUUUGAAGAUGCUGAUUUCAUUUUCCAGCAGGAUUUGGCACCUGCCCACACUGCCAAAAGCACCAAAAGUUGACCUUGGUGUGCUUGAUUGGCCAGCAAACUCACCAGACCUGAACCCCAUAGAGAAUCUAUGGGGUAUUGUCAAGAGGAAAAUGAGAAACAAGAGACCAAAACAUGCAGAUGAGCUGAAGGCCACUGUCAAAGAAACCUGGGCUUCCAUACCACCUCAGCGGUGCCACAAACUGAUCACCUCCAUGCCAUGCCGAAUUGAGGCAGUAAUUAAAGCAAAAGGAGCCCCUACCAAGUAUUGAGUACACAUACAGUAAAUGAACAUACUUUUCAGAAGGCCAACAAUUCACUAAAAAUUUUUUUUUUAUUGGUCUUGUGAAGUAUUCUAAUUUGUUGAGAUAGUGAAUUGG